AUGUCCAAUAAAAAAGAAAUCAGUAAUGUCAGCGCUACUACUGCCAUCGAUUUAAAAGCUGAAUUGGCUCAGCAAACUGAGAGAUUCGAAAAGACGAGAGCAAGUGAAGGAAAGCUUAGCGCAGCGAAAAGACCAGAACAAAAAAAGACAGUUUGGACAAAGCAAAACAAAGGCGUUGAUGCAAGAAAUGCCAAAGACAAAUACAUUGAAGAAGUUGAGAGUAAUGUGCUGGCAAGAAGUAGAGAACAAUUAGAAAAAAAGGCCAAGAUCUAUGAAGCCAUGCGAUCAGGACAUAUACAGCAAGAAUAUAGUGAAUAUGACGACGACGAAAAGGCACCGCUUAUUGAUUUCGACAAGAAGUAUUUACAGGAACGUCAAUUAGAGGAAAUACGAGAAGAAACAGAGAGAAAAUUAAAAAAGAGACGACAAGAGAAAGAGGCAGAAGAUGUGGAUGAUCCCUGGGUGGAAUAUGAGGAUGAGUUUGGUAGAACUCGAACAGUACGCCAAAGUCAGUUACCAAAAUUAUUACCUGAAGAAAAACCCAAAUCUAAAGAAGAUGACUAUAUACCACGAUAUGAUUAUGAAAUUGGCGAUGAGCUUGCAGAUAUAUCACAUAUUAAUCAUUACGAUGCAGAUGCGGAAAUUAGAACAAAGGGUGUUGGCUUUUAUAGAUUCUCAAAAGAUGAAGAGGAGCGUGAAGAACAGAUGGCUAAACUGAAUAAACUUCGACAAGAAACAGAAAACGCACGUAAAUCAGCCAUAUCUGCAGCCGCUAAACGACAGCAAAUGAUGGCAAGAAAUGCAGAAAAAAUCCGUGCUAGAAAAGCUGCUUUACAAGCUAGAAAGCAGCAUCCUCUGAAACAAGAACCAAACAAUAAAGUGUAG